AUAAAUAUUCGAUAGAUCUCAGAGAUUUGUGUGAAAGCAUGCUUUUGGUUUCAAAGACUAGAGUUUCUUUUGGUCAUGCACAUCAAGUGCUCGAUCAAAUACCUGUGUGGGGUUUUUGGAUUUUGAUGACAUACGGGGUUGUGACAGGGUUCUACAAUGCAAGUACGGGGUGUUCUGUGAGGGGUGAGAUCUCACAUGCAUUACAACUGGAGGAUCUUUAGUGUUGUAUCAAAAUUCAGAUUUUGUUAGCAAGGACAGCAAUAAAGAAGUAAGGAGCAG